CAAAUUAAAACAUGCAAUCGUAUAAACUAAUUAGGAGAAAGUCUUGUAUAAUUACUUGAGUUUCAAGCGUUCUAAUUGGCUUUUUAGCAAUUUAAAUUACUAACAAUCUCCUUAAUUCAUUCUCUCUCGUUCUUUUUCGAUGUGUGAUAACAAUGGGGAAUGGUGAUCAGCAGCAUCAAUCUCAGUUGGUUUCCAAGCUCUUCAUUAAUCCCCAUUUACAAUCCAACCUUGUCUUUUAUCUUUUCAUCUUUGUCAUUGUUUUGCCUUUCGGAUUCAUAACCUGUUUGUACCUUAAAAGCUUCUCAUCAUUUACUUUACAAAUGGCCACCUCGUUUUCUACUUCUCCGCCAAUAUCGUCGUUGCCGCACGCACCAAUUACACCCCCACCACAGCCGUCACCGACGCCUCCACCACCACUGAUUUCAUCGCCAUCAGUACUGGAUGCUCAUAAUAUGAGUGACAUGGAGUUGCUCCAGAGAGCAUCAUUAAUGGUUCCACGGCCAGAACUUCCUACCGUGCUUGGCGUCCCGAAGGUGGCUUUCAUGUUCUUGACAAAAGGGCCUUUGCCAUUGGCUCCCUUGUGGGAGCAGUUUUUCAAAGGGCAUGAAGGCUUUUACUCCAUAUAUGUGCACACACAUCCUUCUUUCAAUGAUUCUACGCCUGAAGAUUCUGUCUUUCAUGGUAGAAGAAUCCCUAGCCAGGAAGUUUAUUGGGGUACAGCCACAAUGAUUGACGCGGAGAGACGCCUAUUAGCAAAUGCCCUGCUGGACUUCUCCAAUCAAAGAUUUGUAUUGCUCUCAGAAUCUUGCAUCCCAUUAUUCAACUUCAAAACCAUUUACAGCCAUCUCAUGGGCUCAAAACAGAGCUUCGUAGGCUGCUUUGACGACCCAAGGAAGCCAGGCCGUGGCCGAUAUAACCCCAAAAUGUUUCCCACAGUAACCAUUACAGAUUGGAGAAAAGGGUCUCAGUGGUUUGAGGUGCACCGUGAGCUCGCCGUCCACAUUGUGUCUGACAGCAAAUACUACUCUAUUUUUAAGCAACAUUGUCUCCCGCCGUGUUACGUCGACGAACAUUACAUUCCUACACUGGUGAACAUCUUGUUCCCGGAGUUGAAUUCGAAUAGGAGUAUUACGUGGGUUGAUUGGUCGAGAGGCGGUCCUCAUCCUGGAAAGUUUGGAUGGGGAGAUAUCACCGACGAGUUUCUUAAUCGGAUUCGAUUUGGAUCGACGUGUUUCCAUAAUGGAAAUGCUACGUCCAUGUGUUUCUUGUUUGCAAGAAAGUUUCUACCCAGCGCGUUGGAGCCUCUAUUACGGGUUACUCCUUUGUUGCUUGGUUUUGAUCCAUAUUAAUUAGAUCGAGUUUAUUAAUUCAACAAUGUUAAUUAAUUAAUGUCUGUGUAAUUAAAUUCGAAAUAAUAUAUGGUAGCUCAUCGAUCUGUAAUUUCAUUUAAAUUUCGAUUACUAACAUUAUAUAUUGACUUGACUUUAAUUUUUUCUAGACUUUUGCAUUAGUCCAAAAACAUUAAAGAAAGAAAAAAAAAAUCUUGUAUCACUUAGCACGUGAAAAAUAUAUGGUUUUUUUAUAACAU